AUGUGUUGUCAAUCUGUAAUAUAUGUAAGUAAUGUCUAUGGACAUGGAUAUUUGAUUAGUCCAAUUGCUCGCCAAGCUCGUUGUAAAAACAAUCCAAAGAAUAGUAUUUGGUGGCCAACUGAUGGAACUGGAAUUCAGGAUUUAGAUUGUCGCGCAGCUUUCCAGUAUGUUAAAAAUAGGGGUAGUGAUCCAACAUACCAAUUCACUCAGUUGAAUGAGUUUGCCGUCUUGAUUCCACAGUAUCAAUCAGGAUACUCUGCUUUGACCCAAGCUGUUCCAAACAAUCUAUGCUCUGCAGGUGCUUCAACUCCAUCUGCCCAAUUUGGAGAUAAGAGUGGUAUGUCUAUCGCAACUAAAUGGACUCCAACACAAUACAAAAUCGGAUCAACAUCAAACACUAGUAUGGAUAUUACUGUAACCUUUUGUGCUACUGCAACUCAUAAUCCAUCAUUUUGGGAAUUCUAUAUAACCAAACAAGGUGUAAAUACAGCUACCAAGGUUUUAACUUGGAAUGAUUUUGAAUUUUUCCAAAGUAUCAAUAAUGUUGCACCUACUACUGGUACAUGGGCUGGAUGUACUGCAAGCAAGGCAUACAUAAUGAAGAUUAAGGUGCCUGUACGUCUAACCGCUGCCACUUUGUUGGCAAGAUGGCAAAGAAUAGAUAGUGUUGGUGAAUGCUUUAUCAACUGUUCUGAUAUCCAAAUGAUUGUAUAA